CCCAAUGAAUCAGCUGUUCAAUCCUUACCUGUGAUUGAAAAGGGAUGAACACAGUAGAUUAUUUAGCUUUCCCUCUAAUAGUUACCAAUCAAAGACAAAAUAACACCCUGAAGAAAAAAUGGGAUACCUACCACUACCACUGCCACAUGUUACGGGUGAAAACUGCCAGAGCUGAAGUUGACAAUAAGCCUCCAUGGAUAUACUUACAACAUCAUGUUCAAACGAAAAAAAUGCAGAUGGAACAGGAAAGACUGGCUGUGAUAGAGCGAGAUAACCAGUUCCUCAUGGAGAAGAUCAGUCACAUUAUGCGCACCAGAGGUGAAGUUGACAAUUGGAACAAUUCUUAUAUACAAAGUUCUAAUAGCGGCAAGCGAAUCCGAGACCUUGUAAGGAUUAUGGCAGAGAACCAAGCUCUCCACAAGAGGAUUCUGGAAUGUAAGCCAAGCUACGAUCACAGGAAAUGGGAAGAUGAAUGGAAGAUGUGUUGCAGGCAAACAACAACAAGGCAACACAAAGUUACAGAAUGAAGCCCUCAUCCUACCAUGCUGCUACCUGUAGUCAAGGCUAUUGAUACCAUUCAGGAUCAGAAUAUACAAGCGACCUACUGAUCGGGUGAUGUUCCCCAUUUCUAGCUGACCAGUUGGUCAAUUUGCUCAGUUGGUUAACCCCGUUGGGACCCGUUGAUGUUACCACAGAAGUCUUCAGACACGAAGUCGUGGGGCCGGCUGGCCGAAGAGUCGUCAGGUGAAGACAUGGUUCAAGUAAGGAUCCUGAUAAUGACACCUCAAGAUUCGCAUAAAGAAAGAGGAAGAACCAAGAGAGAGCAGUCCAUAUAUAGAGACUAGGGUGGGAGUGGCUAAGGCCCAAGGACUGCUGGGAUAUGUAGUUUAUACAGUUUUUUCUUUUGUUUUACUUACGUUAAAGGUGAUUUUACACUAUCUGCUAUGAGCAUUAAUAAAAGAAAGAUUAAUGCAUAA